AUUGAGUUAAAUCAUUGUGUCACAGGGAUUAAUCAUUGUUCAGGUGUUGCUUUUGCUGUGUCCAUCCUCAGUUGCUUCAAACAUGAAUGUUCAUCUUGUAUAAUAUUAUACCACAACCUGAUGUUUCCCUAGUCUUAUCUUGAUCACAGUGCAAGAUGAUUAAAAAUAUCAGCAGAUUUAAUGCAUGUGUCUCAUAGCAGACUGUCCACAGUUGUAAUUAUCAGCCCAGUCUCUUGGUGACGCUCUUUCAUAAUGUCUGACUCAUGGUGCUAUGGCAUGUCUCACUUUAUCUGUGUCAGUGUAACUGGAGUAUUGGGUUAGAGCCAAGGGCUGUGUAGGCAUGCGUGUUUGUGUAUGUGUGGGUGUGUAUGAGGGAGAGAAGGAGAGAGAGACUGUGUGUGUGUUUUGUGUAUGUGUUAGUGAGAGAGCGAGAGAGAAGUGGUGAAAUGGGGAUAGAGAGAGAGGAAUCCAAGCUGACAGCUUCCGUAAUAGAGCAUGAUUAACUCAGUAUAGAGAAGCAGGGAACGCUGGAUUACAGCAGCAUUUUCAGUUCGACAUUUGGAUGUAUAUGUUGUAUUUAGCUAUAAUGUUGAAAGUACAGUUUCUGAAAGCAUGUUUAAUAAUGGACCAGCGAAAAAACUUAAAAUGGUGGCUGCAUAUUUUACCGUUUAGCCUCCUUUUUGGUGUUUCGUUUGGAGAAGUCCGUUACGUCCUUCCAGAGGAGAUGCAGCGGGGGUCGGUUAUCGGGAACGUUGCGCGUGAUCUGGGGCUGGAAGUAACGGAGCUUGGUGCUCGUCGAGCCCGUGUUGUUGCAGAAGGAACUAGCCAGCUGUGUGAACUGGACGCUGCGUCAGGCAAUCUUUUGAUCAGCCAACGGAUAGACCGAGAGGAGCUCUGCGCGCAAGCCAGUGUCUGUGUCCUACAGUAUCAGCUCUUACUUGAAGAUCCCCUUCAAGCAUACAGCUUAGUUUUGGAUAUUGCAGAUAUAAAUGACAACAGCCCAGUGUUCGCUGCAGGGGAGAUCAAACUGGAUUUAGUCGAAUCCACAGUUCUGGGGAGGCGCUUUCCGUUGGAGAGCGCGCAUGACCCCGAUUUGGGAACCAACUCAGUCCGUGAAUAUAAACUGAGCCCGAAUGAUCACUUUGCACUGGAAAUGAGUACCCAAAUUAACGGCAAUGCUUAUCCGGAACUAGUUCUUAAAAGGGCCUUGGACCGGGAGGCACAAGCUGAACAUGUACUGAAAAUCAAUGGAAUUGACGGGGGAAAUCCAAUCAGAUCAGGAACUGCUUCUAUCCAUAUCCGUGUUUUGGACGCCAAUGAUAAUGUCCCAGUUUUUAGCCAGCGAGUUUACAAAGCCUCUGUGCCAGAAAACGCGGCCAUGGGGACUGUCAUAUCAAUGCUGAAUGCCACGGAUGCAGAUGAAGGUGUUUAUGGAGAGAUAACAUACUCUUUCAGUCACCUGUCAGACAAGAUGGGAGGAAUUGUUGAAAUUAACCCUCUGAGUGGAGAAGUUCGGGUGGCGGGUCUUAUUGACUAUGAAGAGGAUAAUACGCACGAGCUGGAUGUUCAGGCUAAAGAUGGGGGUGGUCAGGCCUCUCACUGUAAACUUAUAAUUGACGUCAUUGACGUAAAUGACAAUAAGCCUGUGAUAGAGAUUAAAUCAGCCUCUGCCAACGUGGCUGAAGACUCCAAACCAGGAACUAUGGUUGCUCUGAUUAAUGUUUAUGACAUGGACACUGGGAGCAGUGGGCACGUCACGUGUACAAUCUCAGACAAUGUUCCAUUUAAAUUUGUAUCAGAGGUCAAAAACUAUUACAUGUUAGUGACUGACGGAAUACUAGACAGAGAACUUCAACCAGAGUAUAACAUCACAGUUACUGCCACUGAUGCGGGCUCUCCCUCACUCUCUAGUCUAAAAGUUAUAACAAUCGUGGUUAAUGAUAUAAAUGAUAACCCCCCGACUUUUACGCAGAGCGUGUACAAUGCCAACAUCUUAGAAAACCAACCCGUUGGCACGUUUGUGAUGAAAUUGAAAGCAGAGGACAUUGACGACGGAUCUCAUGCUAAAAUACUGUACCAAAUAUCAAGGGACACACACUCAGAACUGUCCUCCUUCCUUACCAUCAACUCAGAAACAGGGGAGCUCUUCACAUCGCGCCUCUUUGAUUACGAAGAGUCAGUUCACUUCCAAAUUAAGGUGACAGCUCGAGAUGGAGGCGAUCCUCCACUCUCCACCACCUGCACUAUAAACGUUUUUAUUAAGGACCAAAAUGACAAUGCACCUGUUGUCCUAUAUCCUGUCCAAACUACCGGGUUCAUUGCUGAAGAUAUGGUACCAGUUGAAGCGCCUGGAGGUUACCUGGUUACUAAGGUGGUAGCUGUGGACGCCGACUCUGGCCAUAACGCCUGGCUUUCCUACAGAAUAAUCACAGCAACGCGGCCUAACCUGUUUAUAGUCGGUCUGCACACAGGAGAAAUCAGAACUGUGCGAGCAUUCAUGGAGGACGAUGAACCGAAACAAACUGUUGUGGUUUUAGUAACGGAUAACGGGCCUGAAACUCUCUCUGCCACUGUUACAGUCAGCAUAGUAGUUGGUAACGGGCUGCCUGUUUUAAAUGAGCUCUUUGAGUUUGCAGAUGAAUCACAGGACAACGACAACUUAACGCUCUAUUUGAUUAUCGCUCUGACCGCCGUUUCCUCUCUUUUCAUCAUUUUAAUCAGUGGAGUGUUUUAUUUUAAGCUUUGCCGGCGUGGUUAUGUUUACCGCUCAACCACUGCUAGUCUCCCCGUUUUCCCCACGGCCUACUGCCCCCCUAGUUUUACAGAUUUAAGCCAUUGCGGGACCCUACUGAAAGAUGAGCGGUAUGAUUCCUUCUUGACCACUGGGUCGUGGAGAGGCGAUUUUCGUUUCGGCUCCAACACAGACACUGACACACUGAAGCAAAGAAGUGCAGCCUACCAAAAAAACACCCUAAGGCGCACCAGUACAGACAGAGCUAGUCUGAAGGUGAGGGCAGGUGCACCGCAUCCUUGUUAUGUGGUCAAAUGAGAGUCGGCCAUAACACAUUGUAAAUAUGUUGAAAAAUAAUCCCUGUGCGGUUAAUUCAAUUUGGACCCUCUGACUGUCAAAUGUGUUAUAAUUGCAUUCAUUUUUCUCAUGGUUGCAUAGAAGUACUAGAAAAACACAUAUUGCGGUUGUGCAUGUUUAAAAUGUGAACAUUUUAGUAUUUGUGCAUGCAUGUGUUGUCAGUGCAUCAAUAGCCUAUGUUUUGUAAUGUUCUUGGAUUUUUGCAUAUAACUUCAACCUCAACCUGACCAACGACCUGACCUUACAGGGUCCGAACAUAGACAACAAUCUUUACCUUGUAGAUAGUCUCUUCUGGAAUAUUUUGGAGAAUAGUAUCAUAGUAGCAAAAAUAAAGUAAUUAUUCUAUCUACAGCCGUUUUGUUUAUGAUUCUUUUUAGAGAAUGAAAAGGUCUGCAGCAGACAGUUGUUUGUCCCCAAACAGGACAUGGAGUGUUUAUGAACAACAGAAGUAUGAGUAAAAGUGUUUUCCCUUAAAAGCUCAACACUUAAAUAUUGCAUUAUGAGUUGGGAUGAGGGAUAUAACCUAUUAAGUACAUUACAUAUGGUUGAUGUGUCUCAUUUCAAGCUAAUUUCCUAAUUAGCUAAAUCUACCAUGCAUUUAAAAUGCAUGGUAGAUCUUUCUGACUACUCUAUCGCUGUCUUCUGAGAGCGACACAGUUGAGGAAAUGUAGUCCUAGUGAUUCAUUUUUUGCUUUGUGGUAUAUUUAUCUUUGCUUCUGUUUUUGUGUAAAACGGCCUUCACACUUGUAUUAAUUAUGCAUUUUUGACUUGGAAUACACUGCAGCCGAGUUUUGAUAAUGCUAUAUUGUGUUUUCAGAAAAUAACGCUAAUAUUGUUUUGUGACAGACAUAAAAGCUUUGCACUUCAUGCGAUGAAUUGAACAAUAUGUAAACAGACUAUAACUGUACACUGAUGAAAAAUAAACUUGAAGAGAAGAUUG